GUCCAAGUGAGACCAGCGGAGAAGUCGGAACUCCAAGGUCGGCGGCGGGUUUACAUCGACGGCAGCGAAAUGGACAUUGUAAACAAGCUGGCGGGCUUAGUGACGAAAGCAGCAAACAAUAACGUGGUGAUCGACGGGUUACUGGUGAGCUCGUUCUUGGCGCUGUGCGUGAGAUCAGUGAACCAGGAAAAGAACAUCGAAACCCUAGAGGCAGAGAAGGAAUCUCUGACCAAAACCAACAAGGCCAUGAAAAAGGCUAUGUGGGAUUGGAAGCAGCAGCUCUUCGCUGAAGCAGCCUCUGAUUCCACUCUCGUCCCUCUUGCCACACUCAAGGCCAUUUAUGGCGAAGCCCCUGGUCCUCAAAUCGGGGAUGCUGCUAAGAAAGACACAAAAUCUCCUGCAUCUGAAAUUGUGGUUUGAGUCCUGUUCGCUUGUCUUUGAGGGCAACAGAAUUGUUAGGCGUCAAACUGUUGAUAAUUGUAACCUCAUUGAAAGCAAGAUCUUAUUAGACCAAAUAUGAAUUCCUGAAUUAGCCGGAGUAAUUAUGUUAAAUUGAUUAUUCGUCACUUUUGGUGAAUGAAGAGUGGAAUUUCAUGGCUUAGAAAACAUUUGCCUCAUUUUCUGCUGAAAUUUAUUUGGAGGUAAAGAAAUUAAGAGUUUAUUA